AUGGUGUCCCUGCAUCUCCCGGCCCGUUCAGAUGAGCUCAUCGCCGCAGUUGCAAGCGCGAAUCCUAACACCAUUGUCGUGAAUCAAACCGGUAGUCCCAUCGCAAUGCCCUGGAGGGAAAAUGUUCCGCUCAUCAUGCAAGCGUGGUAUCAGGGACAGGAGCAGGGCAACAGUCUUGCUGAUGUCCUGCUCGGCGCCGUCAAUAUAUGUGCUCGACUUCCUGUCACAUUUCCCAAACGCAUGGAAGACACACCUACAUUGAACAACUGCCCCGGUGAGAACAACGUCACUUACUACGGCGAGGGCAUCUACCUCGGUUACCGCUGGUACGAUCACCGCAAGAUUGAGCCACUGUCUGUCCCUUUCAACGCUGGCCUCUCCUACACAACAUUCGAGUAA